GUGUGGCAGGAACCACUCAAUGGGAGAGACAUUUUAAUACCUCAUGCUUCUGCUUUCCUUUCAACAUGAGAAGAUUGGCUGCAACUCAGAUGAUCCUGUCAAAGUGGAUUGCCAGCUGCUGAUUCCUCUCCGAGCACAGAGCCUAGCUAUGCGACGUGUUCCCUGCCACUGACAAUGACCAUGACCCUUCACACAAAAACCUCCGGGGUUGCCUUGUUGCACCAAAUACAAGGCAACGAAUUAGAGCCGCUCCCCAGACCACAGCUGAAGAUUCCUCUGGAACGACCGAUCAGUGAAAUGUACGUGGACAGCAGCAAGACCGGGGGCUUUAACUACCCAGACGGCGCUGCCUAUGAUUUUGCCACUGCUGCUCCAGUGUACAGCUCAAGCAGCCUCAGUUAUGCCCCCACGACCGAAUCGUUCGGGUCCAGCAGCCUGGGAGGAUUUCAUUCUCUGAACAGUGUUCCUCCAAGCCCAGUUGUCUUUCUACAGUCGGCCCCCCAACUUUCGCCUUUUAUUCAUCACCACAGCCAACAGGUACCUUAUUACCUAGAGAAUGAACCAAGCGGUUUUGCCAUGAGAGAAGCUGCCCCGACAGCGUUCUACAGGCCUGGCUCGGAGAACAGACGUCACAAUGGCAGAGAGCGAAUGUCUAGCACCAGUGAAAAGGGAAACCUGUCUAUGGAGUCCACCAAGGAGACCCGCUAUUGUGCUGUUUGCAAUGAUUAUGCCUCUGGCUACCAUUAUGGGGUUUGGUCCUGUGAGGGCUGUAAAGCCUUCUUUAAAAGGAGCAUUCAAGGUCAUAAUGACUACAUGUGUCCUGCUACCAACCAGUGCACCAUUGACAAGAACAGAAGGAAAAGCUGCCAGGCUUGUAGGCUCCGAAAAUGCUAUGAAGUUGGAAUGAUGAAAGGUGGAAUUCGAAAAGAUCGCAGAGGUGGCCGAAUACUGAAGCACAAACGUCAAAGAGAGGAACACGAUAGCAGAAAUGCAGGCACAGUAGCAGAGGCAAGGAGCCCAAAUCUUUGGCCGAGUCCACUAAUGAUCAAACAUAGCAAAAAAAACAGUCCAGCCCUCUCCCUGUCUGCAGACCAGAUGGUUUCAGCUUUGCUAGAGGCAGAACCUCCUGUUGUCUAUUCAGAAUAUGACCCUAACAGACCUUUCAAUGAAGCUUCGAUGAUGACAUUGUUGACCAACCUUGCUGAUCGAGAACUGGUUCAUAUGAUCAGCUGGGCCAAAAGAGUUCCAGGUUUUGUGGACUUAACACUCCAUGAUCAAGUCCAUCUACUAGAAUGUGCCUGGUUAGAGAUAUUGAUGAUUGGCCUAGUGUGGAGAUCUGUGGAGCAUCCAGGAAAGCUGCUGUUUGCCCCAAACUUGUUAUUGGACAGGAAUCAAGGAAAGUGCGUUGAAGGUAUGGUAGAAAUAUUUGACAUGCUGCUGGCCACUUCUGCUCGCUUUCGAAUGAUGAAUGUCCAGGGGGAAGAAUUUGUGUGCCUUAAAUCUAUCAUCCUACUCAAUUCUGGGAUAUAUACAUUUCUUUCCAGCACCUUGAAAUCACUGGAAGAAAAAGAGCAUAUCCAUCGUGUUCUGGAUAAGAUCACUGACACUUUGAUACAUUUAAUGGCCAAAUCUGGCCUUUCCCAGCAGCAGCAAUAUAGGCGCCUGGCUCAGCUCCUCCUCAUCCUUUCCCACAUCAGGCACAUGAGUAAUAAAGGGAUGGAGCACCUCUACAACAUGAAGUGCAAGAAUGUGGUCCCUCUUUAUGAUUUGUUGUUGGAAAUGUUGGAUGCUCACCGUCUGCAUGCUCCUGCAGCUAAGAACACACCCCACAAUGAAGAUGAGCUCCCGAACCAGCUGACCAUGGCAUCUGCUUCAAUGCAUUCCUUACCACCUUGCUAUGUGAACAAACAGGAAGAUGAACCUGAGCAGGAAGCAAUCUGAGUCCAGAUUACAACAGCCUACAGGUUUCUGAACAUCCCAUCAGAAAACUUCAGGCUUAGAUGAACUGGUACCGUGUCUAAGCACUCCAAUACUCAACAAUCACCAGUGAUUCCCGAAACAUUCAUUGUCAAGAUCAUUAAUGGAAGAACAUUUGUAAUUUUGGACAUAACAUGUGGGUUCAGAAAAAAAUAAUUCUGUAUUUGUGUCAGCAAAACACAAGCAUGAGGAUUCCUGUACUCUGUUUGCUGGUAUCAUAUUGAGAAGUUGGGUGAUCAUUCACUUUGAAAUCAGUUGGGCAAAAAUCCCAACUGAGUUGAGUAGGUGAUGCUUAUAUGUAAUGUUUAUUGGCUGUUUGGUGGAUACAAGAAGAGUACCCACACACACAGAUACAGUCUACAGAAACAGUGAUGGUUAAGAACUAAGAUUCUGUUAGACUCCCAUUUUCAAUCAUGUUUUAAGAGUAAGGAGAGGGGAAAACAUGGAUUUAGGAUUUCCCUAUUGGGAUUCAUUCCUUUCCAUGAUAUAUACAAUAUAUAAAGAGAUUAAUUUAUCCUCUCAAACUCUUUAGACUGCUUCAGGUUACUUCAGCAAGAAAAGCCCUUCAGUUAAUUUGUUAAGAUAACUGUGAGGUGCUAAACUGUUGUGAUAUCCCCAAGGGGUACGACCCAGCCCUACAGAGUUUACCUAGUAAAGCGAAGCAGGUGGACUGAAAUUUCAUAUUAGCAUUUUUUAACUGGCAGAUAUAUUCAGAAUUCAAUGCAUGGGCCUGCUAAAUUCACAAUGAAGGUCCAACUUAAAAGAUCUUUCCCCAUAUCUGUCUGAGGGUGAACCUCUGCACUGACAAUUGCAGAAGCUAAAAGCCCAUAGCCCAACUGAAAUAUGAAAAUAUAUCAAUUAAUUGUGAAUCACCUAAGGACCUCUGGCUGGAAAUACAAUCGAUCAAUUGUGCAUAUUAUACGAUCUAGUUCAUACUUUGACUGAUAGGUCAUGUAUGAACCGUGAAAACCUGACUGAUCAAGUGAAAAAUUAUGUCUGUGUUGCCAACGCCCAGGAAUGGGAUGGUCUGCCCAUUCUACUUGCUUGCUUUUCCUGGGGGUGACUUAAUGGGAAAGCAGCACCCUCACAUAUGUAGGUGGAAUCUGAAACUGACCUUCAGAAAAGUCCAGGUCUAUUCAAUGCAGUCAGUGCUCCACAGGAGCAGGAGAAUAAUUCUAACCCUUGGGGACCUACCUUGAGCAAUGCCAUGUGUCUGCCUGUGAUGCUCUCCAAUAUCUCCCAAAGCAACUGAGCUUUAUGCUGAGUCACAACUGGUGGUAAGAGAGCACGAAGAAAGGACAGUUUGUUUUCCACUGCAUCUGAGAUCAUAUUCUGCCAUUUGGGUCCUGCACAUAUUGACACCUUCCAAAGUGAGGCACAUACCCGCAGGAUGGGGAAGAUCAAAAUCUGCAGAUGAUCAGCAGCAACUGCUUUUGUUAACAUCCUGUGUUCCUUUCCCAAAUGUAUGCCCAAAUGUUGUGAAGAGUCGUAUCUCAUCUUGUUUUUACAGUGCUCUCGCCAACACUUCAAGCCUGGACUUCACUGCUGGUGGCCUUGCUUUUUAUUAAUGCAGUAAAUAUCUUUUUUCAAAACAUAAAAAGAAGAACAAAAAUCAGUGGUCCUGCUCUGACAUUUUCCCAGAGCCACUGGGGGUAUGAAGUGCCUUGCCAAAAGUGGAUACAGUUGUAUGUUCAAAUGCUCACAAUGUAUAUAUAUUACACUGUAUGUAUUACAUUGUAAUAUAUUGCAUGGUAUAUCAAGAACAAAAAGUGUUCUUUUAGGGCCAUAAUUAAAGGAAGCAAAUUUUAGUCAUUUGUAACCCAGCGCUUACUGCAAACCUAGGCAUUUUUAACUGGGAGUUAGCCCCAUAGAAUGCAGUGGGACAUACUUCUGAAUAGACAAGCAUAGGAUCCGGCUACAAUAAAUAUAAUUCAGUGUUUCUAUUUUUGUAAGGGAAAACCCUUUUGCUAUUUUUCUAAUCUACUGGUUCCUUGAGGGUAGAAAAGAUUCGUUGUAUUUGUUGCUUUGGUUGUUUUUUUCAUUCAUUUCUGUUGGAUUGGAAAUUCCAUCCAUGAAAUACACUUGGGAGGGUUCCCCUCCAUCAAAGUGAAUGGUGAACAUCCCAAGCCCAGGAGCUCUGUGGGUUCAUUGGAGGCCGGGUGGGCAGACUUCAGAAGGGAUGUAUACAACCAUUACUUGCUUUCUGUCUACCCUCACACAAUGCAGAAGAUUAAAAUUAGUCUUGAUCUAUUCAAGUAAUGUGCACUACAUCCAUUUUCCUAACUCAUUAUUUUGCCUUGAGAAAUAAACAGGCGAAAGGAAUACACGCAGGGAAGCUGGAGAUGGCAGGGGGUGGGAAUAGGCUCUUUCCACAAGGAUGUUUGAUGUCUUUAGCCUUAAUGCCAGCAUACGUGGGACAGGCCCGGCUUGGGAACUGAAUCGCUUUCUGUUAAAUGUGUGAAACUUAAGGAAAAUACCUAGUUGUCAUUACUGUUAGUUUGCUGGAAGCAUUGUAUUAUCCUUAUUACUCUUGUUUGUUGAAAGCACCUUAAUGAAUGUAGUGUGUGUGUUUCUGUGCAUAUAAUACACACAUGCAAAGCUCACCUAUCAGACAACUGAAUGUAGCUGUUCUAUAUACCCAGCUGACAGGUUAAAACACAGCAAAAUCACAUUUUAAAAAAAUGAUUUUUUCAGCUAUCUUAUCAUAUGCAAUCAUAUGUGCCUAAGGCUUAGCGAUUGUUAAAAAUCAUUACUGCAUAUCAAAUUUUAUAUUCCUAAGAGACAAGACAGCCCUCACUUGGUCUAGGACUGAACACAAGAAAACUCUCCUUUAAUGAAGGAAGGAUUUUCAUGACAGCUAAUUCUGCUUUUUGUCCAAAUCCAAAGGACAUUGCCUCUAAUGGGGUCCUAAUAAUAUGCAAGGAUGGGUUUCUACCCCACCCCCGAGUUAGAUUUUGAAACAGCAAACCAAACUUCCCUUAAAAUGUUGAAACUCUUGCUAUUUACCAAAUCAUUGUAAUACAACUAAUGAAUUGCUGUAUCUAAUGUUGAUUUAGGGGCUCACAGAAGAACAGAGGGAGCUGUAAAUUUUUAUUUGGGCUUUUGUAAGGGCAAUUUUUCUGCGUAUAAAAACCCUUCUUUAAACUGAGUGCCAUUGUGGAUUCUCACUCAGGCAGAUCUCUUGCAAACCAUCUCUACGCCCUCCAGUCCUCCUCUUCUGGGGCUCUUGAAAUCCACUGCAAGAUGUGCUGAGCCUCUCUUGUCAAGCUCCCAUUACUCUCAACAUAUCUAUAAGCAGAUGGGUCACUCUGACUCCUGUGUGAAGAGACUUAGUUGAAGUAUACCUGCAUAAUGAUAAUGGUGAUACCUGUCAGAGCAGAAUAGGUGUCCUCCAGUGAAAUGGGAACAACCAUUCUGCUGUUCCAGCCACAUGUGAAUAUGUGGUGGUUGGGGAAUACUGAGAAUUCUUUGUAGGCAUCAGCAUUCUUCACCAUGAAGGAAUCACAGUGAGUGGCCAAUGGAGGAAGAACACAAAUUAACAGCUGUACUCCCAUGGUGUAGUUAAGCACAGGAUUUUGCUCCUCUUUAAAGGGAUUCAAAUCUCUUGAAAGCACUUCAGACAAGAUUUGCCUAUGUGUUGUGCAAAGAAGACAGUUCCUCCCAUGAUUGUCCGGUUAAACUCCAGCUAAGAAACAUUCUCCUUAUUGUGAUGUUUCAAAGUACAGGAGAAAGCUGAACAGCGAUUAAGCUCAAAAGCAGCCCUAGAACAAGGGUAAAAGUAUAGGGUUACCAGACAUCCAGCAAAAGGAGGACUUGUCCUCUUUUUUGCCCUCUUGUCCUCUGCCUGGCAGGCAUAGCCUUAAAAUCCAUUUUUGUCUGGCGUUUUGAGUAUCUACAUGCUAUCUCUUCCUGAGCAGCUUUUCUCUGGGGCACAGAACUUCCCUAGUAAGUGCUAACAGCAAGUUUACAAGCUCCACUCUGUGAUUUUGAUUAGUACCCUCCCACUGGCUUGCGCUGCUGCCUGAAAUUGGCAAAACCUUAAUCAGUUACACACCUCUAGCUCAUUGGGGUUACACACCUCUAGCAAUUGCAAAAACCAGUCUUUCUGAUGUUGGAAAAAGUAUUUCCAUAUACUGUACAUGUAGGCUGAAGGUGGGUUUUUUUUUUUUGCAGUUUUUCCCUGUAAUUUUUGUCGUGGAUGCCAAGAAAAUUAAACUGUGUGUCCUCAUUUCCCCCCAUUUGACCUCGUCCCAAAUUGUCCGUGUCCUCCUUUGCCUGUUCAGAUAUCUGGUAACUCUGUACAAAUAAAGCCUCUGCUCCUGCUUCUCUUUGAAAAGUUAUGCAGUCGCUGUGAGGGGUCAUUGUAAGACUUGAUUUCUGAAAUCAUUCAUGCUGCCAUGAUCUCAGAAGAUAGACACCACUGAAUUGCCAUCCCUUCCCCUCCUGAAAACUAGGACCACUGAUUCAGCACCCCUGAAAAUCAGUUAGGCCUUUUUCAUAUAUAUCACAGCCUUAUUAAUUGCCCUGAAUGGGAAUGCACAUUCCUAUUUACAUCAAACAGUGCAUCCACCUGGUUAAGGGCACCUGGAUUAGCAUUGCAAAGUAUGUCUUCAUUCACACAGUGGUUCUGUGCACAACUCUCUCCUGCUGAAUAUUGGUGCUAGUGUUUGCCAUAUGUUUUGGUGUGAACCUGAGCCUUCAUUUUAUACACAUGUUCCUAAUGCUACUGCUUUUAACACCAAGCUAGAAGCCAACUGUUCAGCCAGCGGACUUUUGGAUAUAUGGAUGCUCAAGAUAUAUUUACCGCAGAGUCAGUCAAAUAAAUCAGUUGUUCUGCCUUGCAAGCUAGCUGUUCUGAAAGCUCUUUUUGAAUUGACUGUGGCUUUGUAAAGUGAUUCUUCAGUUCUAAAUUGAACUCUAAGUCAAGAUCUGACCUUCAUGCAGUGCUUUUAAGCUAUCAGCCUAACAUUGUUGAAGUGGAAUUGUUGUAUAAACCACGGGGGUACCAAAAAUAUUUUUGACGUUCAAAACCCUUUUUCUGUCACUGGUGCAUCCUCUCAUUUUAAUUCAACUCUGUAUGUAUUUUGGUCUUGAAUGUUGUUCUGUAGACAAUUGUUGCCUUUUGAGGGGCUUUACAAUUUUGCACUGUCCUGGAAAGAUUUUUGUAAAGAAUCUAACCUUUUGUUUUGCAUUCAAAUGUGCCUGAAUUUAUAUGCUGCCAUGCUGCCAACCUGUCUUUAGUAGGAAUGUUAUCCUGCAAUGCACCUUUUAAAACAAAGCUGUGUGCUCCUCAAUCUUGAAGUGCCCGUUGGAUUAUGGUAAAGAGUCAACAGUCAAAGGAUGCUAGUCAGAAAAUAAACUCGGCAGGCUACUUUAUGCCACAUUAUUGUACAUUUUUUCAUUAAAAAUGAAGCUUUUGUGCACUACACUACCCUUUCAUUGUAAAGUUUUUCGUUUAUUAUGAGGCUCAUGUGCCAUAAUGUAUUUGUUGAAUUAUUCUGCUCUUUUGCUAAUGCACAUAAUAGCAUAAUUGGUGUGUCUGUUUUGUUAGGGUUGCUUUGUUAACUGAAAAAAAGGUUAAAUCCUUUCUUUCUUUUUUUGCACAUUAGAAUGUUACAAACAGCUUUUAAAAAAUCAGCAGGAUACCUGAUCUGUCAAGAUUUUCUCAGCUUUGAUGUCAAAAUAAAAAACUGAAUUA